GUCAAACUGGCAUAGCUAAUCAGUUAAUCUACAAACCAGAUUGUGGGUUCUACGAUUUGUUUCAACUAUGGCAGCCGUAGUUGCACUUGCUUUCGUUUUUCUUUUCGUGUUACCGAUUUCAUCUUGUGUCAGAGCAUUGAGCUCGAACUACUAUGACCACACAUGUCCUCAGCUCGAGUCUAUUGUUGCAAGUUCAGUCAAGAAAGCAAUGUCGAAUGACGAAACCGUUCCAGCCGCCCUACUUCGAAUGCACUUCCAUGAUUGCUUCAUCAGAGGCUGCGAUGCUUCGGUGUUGCUGAACUCCAAAGUGAAAAACAAGGCAGAGAAAGAUGGACCUCCUAACAUAUCAUUGCAUGCAUUUUAUGUCAUUGACGGGGCAAAGAAGGCUUUGGAAGCUUCAUGCCCUGGCGUAGUCUCUUGUGCCGAUAUCUUGGCCCUGGCUGCCAGGGAUGCAGUUUUUCUGUCCGGUGGCCCGACAUGGGAUGUGCCUAAAGGAAGGAAGGAUGGAAGAAUUUCCUUAGCAACUGAGACUAGACAGUUACCAGCUCCCACAUUCAAUAUAUCCCAACUACAACAGAACUUUGGUCAGAGAGGUCUCUCCGAUGAAAAUCUAGUUGCUCUCUCCGGUGGUCACACACUGGGGUUUUCCCAUUGCUCUUCGUUCCAAAACAGAAUCCACAAUUUCAAUGCCACCCUCGAAGUCGACCCGACGAUGCAACCGUCGUUUGUGGCUCGGUUGAGGAGCGUGUGUCCGGCACACAACAAGGUAAAAAACGCAGGCUCACCACUGGAUUCUACCAACUUCGUAUUUGACAACGCAUACUACAAGCUGCUGCUCCAGGGGAAGAGCAUAUUCUCUUCGGAUCAAGCUUUACUCACCAACCCGAAAACGAAAGCAUUGGUUUCGAAAUUUGCAAGCUCCCAAAAUGCUUUUGAGAAGGCUUUUGUUGAUUCCAUGAUCAAAAUGAGUAGCCUGACCGGUGGGAAUGAGAUCAGGCUAGACUGCAGGGUGGUGAGGUGAUUUUGAAGUAUGAAGAAAGUUAAUCCAGUCAUUCAUUUCCAUUUAUCUUUUUAGAGAUAUCAAUAUGAUCAGAAAUAAAAAAAUAAAAAUUGAAGCGAGUUUGCAUGCAUGAUUUACCUGCAGUCGAAGUGGACGGAUAGGAAUUUGUAUUUGUGUAUCAUGUGAUUUAAUGAUUAAAAAGAAAGCAGUGUUGUGUUUGGUUCUCAGAA